AGACGCCAUUCAUGUUGAUGUUUGCCUUGUGCUCCAUUUAACUGCUUUCGUUGUUUGUUGCUGCUUCUUGUUAUUUCGUUGCUGCUGUUCCAUUUUGUUAUUGUUUCUUGUUAUUGUUUAGUUUGUUUUAGUAAACAUGAGUGAUUCCCAAGAAACGCUCUAUAAGUGUGAGGAAUGCAGUUCAGAGUUUAAAAUGCGAAAGAACCUCUACGCCCAUAUGAGGAAAGUUCAUGAACUUGAUAUCCAUGUGUCUAAAAAAGGAAAAGGCAGUGAAUUGUGUCCCCAGUGCGGAAUUGCAUUUAUGAGAUGCAGUUCAUUAAAACGUCAUCAAAUAACUGUGCAUGGCAUGAAGUCGGAGGAAAACAGUCGGAAAUGCCGCAUUAUUUGCCCACAGUGCUCUCUCUCGUUUCUCACCUAUGACACACUGAGAACACAUAUUCAAGAGAACCAUGACGUUAGUUUUGAGUGCCAGGAGAUAGAAUUUGGUUGUCUUGCAGACUUUGAAGAGUGGAAAAUUUCUUACGAAAAAGUAAACCAUGUUCGUUAUGUAAUGAAUUGUUCGGAGCAGGAGCGACUAGAAAAACGUGUUCGAUAUUACCACUGCCAUCGCUCUUUCAAUUUCAAUUCUAAAGGAACAGGUGCCAGGUGUGUCAAAAGUAUGGGCACGAAUAAAAUAGGCAGUACUUGUCCAUCCAACAUGCAAGUGACAAUAACAGAGGACAAAUGCUGCUUAAAAUUUUUUCCAAAACAUAUGGGACACACCCAAGAUGUUGGAAGAACAUUUCUGCAUAGGAACGAGAGGGCAGAAUUGGCAGGGCGGCUGUCACAGGGUGUUCCUGUUGGACGAGUUUUACAAGAUGUCCUAAGUGCACCAAUCGCUGCAAGUGUGGAGAGAAUCCAUCUCCUUGAGAAAAAAGAUUUGCAUAAUAUAAAAAGGGAUUUUGAUAUUGGUUAUGCAACGAAGAAGCAUGAAAAUGAUGCAGUGAGUGUGAAAUUGUGGGUUGAAGAAAUGAAGAGACAAAGUGACAACCCAGUACUGUAUUUCAAGCAGCAAAAACAAGUGGAUCCUAAUUUUCAAGAUGAAGACUUCAUUCUUAUUAUAAUGACAGACUUUCAGGCCGAACAACUUCUAAAGUAUGGAGAAGAUAAAAUAUGUGUGGAUGGCACUCAUGGCAUGACUGCAUAUGAUUUUCAACUUUUUACUAUUGUUGUUGUUGAUAGAUUGGUGCUGGAAUGCCAGUUGCAUUUUGUUUUUCAAAUAGGGGAGACAUCAUUUUAUAAUGCAUGGUCAGCAGUAAUGGGACCUGUGCCAAACCAGUUGCUGUGUUCUUGGCAUAUACAACGGAACUGGUCUCAGAAUUUAAGGAGAAUUUCUGAGGGUAGUGAGAAAAAAUCAGCAGUGUUUAGUUCACUAAAGCGACUUCAGACGGAACUGGAUAUAGAUGUUUUUAGUUGUAGUCUGGAGAAAGUGGUGGAAAACCUAUUGAAUGAUCCGGAUACUGCAGAAUUUGGCAGGUACUUUCUUAAGAUGUACUGUCAGCGAGUGGAAAAGUGGGCGUAUUGUUUUAGGCACCGAUUGGGCAUCAAUACAAACAAUUACUUGGAGUCCCUACAUAAAGUUAUUAAAUACAGCUAUCUAGAAGGGAAAAAGUGCAGAAGGCUGGAUAAGUCAUUAAAUGCUUUGUUAUGUUUAGUGAGAGACAAAGUAUAUGAGGGCUUAGUGAAGCUCUCAAAACGUAAACAGUGCUCUAGGGCGUCAAGAGUGAAAGCAAGCCACAACGAUAGCUCAGCUAUAACAAAUGGGAUGAUUUUAUGCAGGGGUGAAGGGUUGUGGGAAGUGCUUUCUUCCACUGGUUGUGAAGUGUAUGUUGUUGUAAAAAAUUCAGAACUGACAUGCGAAAGAAAAUGUUCACUUAAGUGUAACACCUGCAACAUAUGUGUGCAUUCGUAUAAAUGCAGCUGUUUAGACAACAUUUUAAAUUUUAACAUAUGUAAGCAUAUACAUGCAUGUGCCAAAUCAUUGUCUGGUGCUGUCCAGGAGAGUGAACAGUGUUCCUUGCCCUCUAGUGCAGACAAUGAAUAUGUGUCAGCAUUGCUUUCUGGCAAUUCAGAAAAAUCUGCUGACACAUUUGAACAGGAUGUGAUGUCUCACUGUGAAACUAUAGUUGCACUCAGCAAAGGAACACAGUGUGGACAGGAGACUAAGGCCAAAGUAUUGAAGGAUCUGAAGAAGAUCAUUGGCAAUCUUAAUAAAGAUUUUUCUUUCUCACAAGAAAACACAGUAAAUGUGAAUGCCAAGAUUGAAUCUCAGGCUAGAUUUUUUUCCACAAAGCGGAGAAGGAUUUUGUGA